AUGGCACAAACUGCGGGAGUCUGUUCCUUUCUUGGUCGUCCGUGGACUUUGGAAGAUGUGAUAUCGAUCCCGUCCGAUUCCGAGUCUGACACAGAUAGUGAUGUCGAGGUGGUGGAACAAGAUGUCCCGCGCGUGCACUUGGUACACAAUCAACAUCCUGACGACUCGCUUCCUUCUAUAUCUGAGAUUGUGGCGUCACUGAUUAACGUCAGACAUGAUCCAACAGAAGCAAUCGGGAGCUCAUCUGAGGAUCUUUGCUUACCAGAUGAGUGGGAAAGUCCCAAUUCAUUAACCUCAAACUCUUCGAGAGAGGUGAUUUCCCCCUCAAUGGCUCUCGAGAGUCCGGGGGUCACCGCCGACUCUAACAUGUUGGUGUCUCCGCCAAUACAACAACAUGAUGAUGGAGCAAGCGUGGUGUGGCCCACUCCUAUCCGAAGACCUUGUGUCGUCUCAGCGGCCUCCGAGUGUUGUUCAGUGCAGUCCACAACUGCGUUGCCUCCGAGGGAUGAAGCACUGCACCAUGAGAAAACAGAUCCUCCCAGCCGAUCGGCGACCAGCCUCGUCCAGCCUUCUCAAUCGCAGAAUUGCAGUGCCCUGUUUUCAAACCGGUUCGUCCAAGCUCAUAGCAUCAAUAUUGGCCAUGGCCGUAUGGGUGAAGUAGUUCCGCGAAGCGACAACGAACUGCCCAGUGUAGCUCGACCCGCCUCAGUCAAAACACCUCCGUCGGGAUGCAGCCACCCAGUCUCGCAUCGAGGAGCUGUGAUGGAGGCCAUUCGGAAACACCAAGCCCCUGAUGAUAUUUUGCCCCUGGGUUCUUGCCCUAGCUCGUCGCCAACUGGCCAAGGACGGGACGACGAGCGCCAGACAAGCAUCGAUGCAGGCGGCACAGAGAGCCAGCCGGAUGAACCCUGCGAAGAAACGGAAAAGCGGCCAACUAGUCGUCGUGGUUCCGGAAAACCUUACAACCUUCGAACUCUCCCGCCCAAAAGGCAACUCACCGCGGAACAACAGGACGGCGGGAUUAACGAAAAGCUUAUGCCACAACGCAAGCGUCGCAGGCUUGUGUUCCGUCAGCCCAAGAAGCGUAAUUCACAGCAACGUUCGGACCGACGUUCGGACAUAACGCGAAAUCGAGAGACACGCUUGCUGAGGAGCACGACAAAAAGCAACGACAACGAGUCUGUUGCAAACAAAAAACGGCCUGUUCGUUCCGGUGUUGCCAGCCACGAGGCAUGGCCACUUGGCCAGCCGGUCCUAAGGUGCACCAGAGAGAAUGGCACUGCGAUGUUCCAGCUACACUUUACCAGUGACAUUUUGUGGAAUACGCUGGUUGCCCAGAACGAUCCAGCCCCAAAAGGUCACCAGACACCAAACAAACUCGAGGAUCGGAGACCUAAAGCCGGAAAGGUGAAAUACCCAAGUGUCUGCCGCGACGUUUACCGAGUGGAUUGCCUGCUUGCUCGGUGGAGGCGACACACUUUCCUGGUGAAAUGGUCUGAUGCCACCACGACGUGGGAGCCGAGAAAACACAUCAUAGACCAGGGAAUGCUGAAUAGCUUUGAGGCAAGUUGGCGAGGCUUUGACGCGGGCGUGGAUGUUUUGAAAGCCCGACAGAGAGCUGGAAGACGCCAACACCUUUUACGUUGGCAUGGUCGGCCGUCUAAAGAGGAUACGUGGGUAUCCGAUGAGUUUCUGAGUCCGCAGUUGAUGGAAAGGAUUGAAGCAAACGAAAGAAAUGGCCCUCAGUUUUGA